AUGACUCUCCCCUUUGCCUGGUCAAGUAUCCUCUCCUAUCGGCCCCUUUCACACGAUUCGUACUACAUCCUCGAAAAUAUGGUUGACUCUUUUGAUGAAAAUGUGGACUUUAAGCCCGACCAUCUGUGUGUCCUUGUCCAUGGGUUAUGGGGAAAUCCAUCUCAUUUAGACUACGUCGCCAGCGCAAUUCGCGAACGACAUGGGAAAGACAAGGUGUAUAUACUUGCAGCUCAACGCAAUUCGGGGACAUAUACAUACGACGGCAUCGAGCUCGGCGGGGAGCGAGUCGUGCACGAAAUUGAAGAUACACUAGACCAAUUAUCCGCCAAGGGCCACUCCAUCACAAAACUGAGCGUUGUUGGAUACUCCCUUGGAGGGUUAGUGGCUCGCUACGCAAUUGGGUUAUUAGAAGCAAAUGGGACACUCGAUAAGCUGGAGCCAGUGAAUUUCACGACCUUUGUGUCGCCGCAUGUCGGUGUCCGAUCUCCGAUAAAGGGGUGGCCGAGCCACAUGUGGAAUGUGCUGGGUGCACGCACAAUCUCCAUUUCGGGACGCCAGUUGUUUAUGAUUGAUGAUUUCCGGGGCACGGGAAAGCCGUUGCUCAGCGUUUUGGCGGAUCCCAAUAGCAUUUUCAUAAAGGGGUUGGCCAAGUUUAAAAAUCGGAGUGUGUAUGCGAAUAUCGUGAAUGAUCGAUCGACGGUGUUUUAUACGACGGCGAUCUCGAAAGUUGAUCCAUUUCCGGAACCGGAGAAAGCAAAUAUUAACUAUGAGGACGGUUAUGAACAGGUCAUAAUCAAUCCAGAGAGAUACAUUCUCCCGACGACGCAGGAAGCCACGGAGGAGCAUGCCAGUCGUUCUUCAGGACUGAGCAAGACGUUCAAAAAGCUUUACCGCACGGCAUCGACAUAUAUGUUUAUCGCGCUGUUCCUACCAAUUGCUGCGGUGCUGUUUUUGAUCAAUUCCGUCAUUCAGAAUAUGCUCAGCCAACAACGCAUCAAACUAUACGAACAGGGGAAAACAGAUUUACUACCGGGGCGAUAUAGAGUCCCGUUGAUAAUUCAAGACGUCCGCGGCGCAGUAGAGGAUGUCUUUGAGAAUAUAAACGCCUCGCAGAGCAAUGAAUACUUGUCCGAGCAUGAACGCGACGAUGAAGAACACAACACCCAAAUCAGACGGCAGUCUCUGAAGCCUGCUGCUGAAAAACAACCACAAAAAACCGGAACAGAGACUCCCGCCAGCGAGGAAUAUCCCCUUCUGGCUUUGACACCAGCACAAUUCGACAUAAUCGAUUCUUUGAACGCAGUCGGAAUCAAGAAAUAUCCCGUUUAUAUACAUAAUGCGCGCCACAGUCAUGCAGCUAUCAUUGUGCGGAUGCCCAAACCUGGGUUUUCGGAGGGCAAGACUGUGGUGCGGCAUUGGUUGGAUCAUGGGUUUGAAACUUAG